AUGUAUGCUACGAUGGGAUAUAUUGUCCCGGAAUAUUUCAAGUUCCCGGGGUAUCUCUCGCCGUCUUUGGGUUUGAAAUUCAGCGACGUCCCAAACGGCCUGGCUGCGCUGUCGAAGCUGCCAGUUCUCGGCGGUGCUCAAAUCAUUGCUUUCUGUGGGCUGAUUGAGACCACUGGUUUCUUCCAAGCAGACUCCACCACUGGUGGGCGAGGGCCCCGUGAGGGCAAGUUUUCCAUGAAGGAUUCCACGGAAAGUGGCGAACCUGGAAACUAUGGCGUCGGGUUCCCUACCUUCAUCGGGAAGGUCGAAGACCCAGAAGCUCGCAAAUCCAAGCUUGCAGCAGAGCUUGCAAACGGAAGACUGGCGAUGAUGGCAAUCAUUGGCAUGUUCUUCCAAGACGGACUGACUGGUUCCGCUUGGGGGGAUUGGUCACUUUACACCGCCUCCCCUCUGCGAGCUGCAGAAGAGGAAGCCACCCCCCCUCCGCCGCCUCCCUUCGACCCCCGCCUGGAAGUUGGGGUUCUGCCACCUCUGGACUUUUUCGACCCUGCGGGUUUCUGCCCUACUGGCGAUGAGGAGAAUUUUAGAAAGCUCCGUGCUGCGGAGUUGAAGCAUGGCCGUGUGGCGAUGAUGGCCGCGUUGGGAGCUGCUGUUCAGCACUACGUGCAAUUCCCCGGCUUUGACGAAGUUCCAACUGGCCUUGGAGCUGUUACCACUGCGCCUGGCACCUACGGCUUCGCCGCACUCUUCCUUCUCAGCGGAGUGCUUGAGCUGGCUCUGUGGACGGAGGACCCCAGCAAGGAGCCGGGCAACUUCGGCGACCCGCUGAGCUUGGGUCAGUACGACAUUGACAUGAGGAACAAGGAGCUGAACAACGGCAGAUUUGCAAUGUUCUCGGCCAUAGGCAUCCUGGUUGCCGAGCUCUACACUGGCAAGGAUGGAAUCGAUCAGAUUGGCCUCGACACACCCACAAUUUGA